AUGAAGUCACACAAAAAGGAUAAGAAUCAUGGGCUGCCGUAUCCUCUAGAGUCAACAAUACCAUCUGGUCCACCAGAGCGAACAUCGGGGCCAGGACCCAGACAACACGUGCUAUUCCUCGAUCAUGUCGGAAACCACAACGACCCAUAUGCCGCUCUCGGCUUCAUCCAUACACUCUUGCUCGUCGAUGAUUCCGAAUCGAUGCACAAGUGCUGGGACGAGGUUGGGGACAUCAUCAGAAAAAUCGCGCCGAUAUGCGUCGAGCACGACCCCAACGGGAUCGACAUCGAAUUCGUCAACCAUCGCGCCAGGGGCUACUUCUUGACCGGCCAAAGCGGGUAUAAGCACAUCGGCCUGAUGAGAGGACGACUCGACAUGCAUGACAGCGUAGCCGGGAUCCUUCACAACGUGAGCCCAAAGGGUAAAUGUCGCAUGGACAAGCGAUUGGCAUCGAUAUUGGACUCGUAUGUCAAUAAGUACGAAACCACCGUCCGAGAAAGCGGGAAUAAGGAUUGGCCUCCUGCGCUCAACGUCAUUGUGAUUUCGGAUAUGGACUGGGACGCUGACGAUGAACCCUUUGGUACCAUCGCGCGGAUCGCGAGAAAGCUGGAUAUCAUGGGGGCUCCGCCGUAUCAAGCUGGUGUGCAAUUCUUCCGGGUAGGUGAUGCGGGUAGGGAGCUGGACAAGGACACGAUCAAGUUUCUUGAUGACCACAUAUGGAAAGAGAAUGGAGUGAGGGAUAUUGUAGAUAUGACUACUUGGACUGGCUCUCCUGGGGAGCUCUCGCCUAAGGGUCUUUUGAAGGUUCUACUUGGUGCGGUGAGACGCUCAAUUGACUUUAUGGAAGCCUAG